UCCUUCGACGACGCGCCGCUCAUCCCGCUCGUCAACGCCAACUGGUUCUCGCGCAUUACCUUCCUGUGGAUCCAGCCGAUGCUCACGACGGGCUACCAGCGCACGCUCGUCCCGACCGACCUGUGGAAGCUCCACGACGAGUUCGAGGCGGGCUUCCUCGCCGACAAGCUGAUGGCCAACUUUGAGCGUCGGCGCCGGAGCGUCGAGGCGUGGAACAAGGCGCUCGAGGACGGCAGCUACCAGCCGUCGGCGAUGCGCAAGGCCUGGUGGUCGUUCGGCAAGCGGUUCGGCGGGUCGGGCGACGGCAAGCGCAAGGUCGGCAUGGCCCUUGCUAUCUCGGACACUUUCUUCUGGACUUUCUGGUCGGCCGGCGCCCUCAAGGUCAUCUCGGACGGCCUCCUCAUCACGUCGCCGCUCGUCACGCGCGCCCUCAUCACGUUCGGCUCGGACGCCUACUACGCCCACCGCGGCGUGCCCGGCUUCGAGGCGCAGCCUAUCGGCGUCGGCAUCGGCCUGUGCUUCGGCCUGUGGGGCAUGCAGAUCGUGUCGUCGCUGUGCCUGCACUCGUUCUUCCAGAACUCGGCCGGCACGGGCGUCCUCGCGCGAGCGGCCCUCAUCACGUCGCUGUACCGCAAAGCGCUCGUCCUGUCGGGCAAGGCGCGCACGGUCAUCACCAACGGUCGCCUCGUCAACCACAUCGGCACCGACGUCAGCCGCAUCGACUUUUGCGCAGGCUUCUUCCACAUGUCCUGGACCGCCCCGAUCCAGCUCAUCGUCAUCAUGAUCAUCCUCCUCGUCCAAAUCGGCCCGUCGUGCCUCGUCGGCAUCGCCUUCCUGUUCCUCAUGAUCCCGCCGCAGAGCUGGGCCAUGAAGAAGAUGUUUGGGUACCGGCGCAAGGCCAUGGUGUGGACCGACAAGCGCGCGAGGCUCAUCGGCGAGCUCCUCGGCGGCAUGCGCGUCCUCAAGUUCUUCGCAUGGGAGAUCCCGUACCUGCAAAAGCUCCAGGAGUACCGCGCCAAGGAGCUCGCCCAGGUCCGCUCGCUGCUCAUCUCGCGUGCGGCCACCACCGGCGUCGCCAUGUCGCUCCCGACGCUCGCCACCGUGCUCGCCUUCAUCACGUACGCCAACACGGGCCAUGACACGACGGCCCAGAGCAUCUUCACCUCGCUCACGCUCUUCCAGCUGUGCCUGACUCUCGCUCGCCCGCAGCUCAUGAUGCUCCCGAUGUCGCUCUCGACCAUCACCGACGCGCACAACGCCCUCGGUCGCCUCACCGAGGUCUUCCUCGCCGAGGAGCGCAGCGCCCCGUUCGACAUCGACCCGAGCGCCAAGUUCGCUGUCUCGGUCGUCGACGCCGACUUCCAGUGGGAGUCGACGCCGCCCGACACGGCGCCCAAGUCGAAGAAGGAGCAGGCCAAGCUCGCGGCGCAGGGCAAGAAGGCGGCCAAGGUCGCCAAGAAGGAGCGCAAGGAGAAGGAGAAGGCGGCCAAGGAGGCCGAGAUCCUGCAGCUCCGCAACGUCAACCUUCGCAUCCCGCGAGGCCAGCUUUGCGCUGUCGUCGGCGCUGUCGGGUCGGGCAAGAGCUCGCUCCUCCAGGCGCUCGUCGGCGAGAUGAAGCGCACCCGGGGCGAGGUCACGUUCGGCGGCCAGAUCGCCUACGCCGCUCAGCAAGCCUGGAUGCAGAGCUGCUCCCUCAAGGAAAACAUCCUGUUCGGCCGGCCGUACGACGAGGCGCGCUACCGCCAGGUCGUCCACGACGCGUGCCUCGAGGCCGACUUCGACAUGCUCCCCUACGGCGACGAGACCGAGAUCGGCGAGAAGGGCGUCACCCUGUCGGGCGGCCAGAAGCAGCGCGUCAACAUCGCCCGCGCCCUGUACUUCAACGCCGACAUCAUCCUCCUCGACGACCCGCUCUCGGCGGUCGACGCGCACGUGGGCAAGCACCUGUUCGACAACGCCAUCCUCGGCUCGCUCGCCGGCAAGACGCGCAUCCUCGUCACGCACGCCCUGCACUUCCUCCCUCGCGUCGACUACAUCAUCUGCCUCGAGCACGGCAAGGUGACGCAGGAGGGCACGUACGCCGACCUGAUCGGCGACAAGGAGGGCGCGUUCAGCAAGCUCAUGGAGGAGUUCGGCGGCGACCUCGAGGACAAGAAGGAGGAGGACGAGGCCAAGGAGGAGGACGCGAUCGAGGGCGAGCCCGAGGCCGACAAGAAGGCCGACAAGCCCAAGGCCAAGGCGCUCAUGCAGGAGGAGGAGCGUGCGACGGGCUCGGUCUCGGGCGCCGUGUACCGCCACAUCUUCACCCUCGCCAAGGGCUGGUACACCUUCCCGGUCCUCCUCGGUUCGAUGGUGCUGCAGCAGGCGGCGCAGGUCUUGAGCGGGUACAUCCUCGUGUGGUGGCAAGAAGACUCGUUCGACCAGACGAUGGGCUUCUACGAAGGCCUGUACGCCAUGUUCGGCGUCCUCCAGGCCAUCUUCUCGUUCGCGAUCGGCGUCGCGACGACCCUCAUCGGCUACAACAUCUCGCGCGAGCUCCACUCGGCCGCCAUCACGGGCGUCAUGCGCGCGCCGAUGUCAUUCUUCGACACGACGCCGCUCGGUCGCAUCAUGAACCGCUUCUCGAAGGAUAUCGACACGAUCGACAACACGCUCAACGACAGCUUUCGAAUGUUCGUAUCUACUCUCGCUGGCGUCGUCGGAUCUGUCGUCCUCAUCGCAAUCGUCCAACCUUGGUUCCUGCUUGUCGUCGCCGGCGUCCUGUGCCUCUACGCGUUCGCCGCCCGCUUCUACCGCCAGAGCGCUCGAGAGCUCAAGCGCCUCGACAACCUCCUGCGCUCGUCGCUCUACGCGAGCUUCAGCGAGAGCCUGUCGGGCCUGACGACGAUCCGGGCCUACGGCGAGACGGACCGUUUCCUCGCCCAGACGUCCGCCUACCUCGACCUCGAGGACAGGGCCUACUACCUCACGGUCAUCAACCAGCGUUGGCUCGGCCUGCGGCUCGACUUUUUCGGCACCUGUUUGACGUUCGCGGUCGCCAUGUUCGGUGUCGGCACUCGCACGUCGGUCUCGCCGUCCAAGACCGGCCUGGUCCUGUCGUACAUCCUCACGAUCUCGUCGUCAUUCUCGUGGAUGGUCCGCCAGGGUGCCGAGGUCGAGAACGACCUUAACUCGGUUGAGCGUGUCCUGCACUACGCCAACGAGCUCGACAAGGAGGCGCCCGCCGUCAUCGAGGACUCGCGUCCGCCCGCCGAGUGGCCCUCGGGCGGCGCCAUCGAGUUCAAGAACGUCGAGAUGCGCUAUCGCCCGGACCUGCCUCCUGUCCUCAAGGGCCUGAACAUGAGCGUCGGUCGCGGCGAGAAGAUCGGCGUCGUUGGGCGAACUGGCGCAGGCAAGUCGUCCAUCAUGCAGACGCUGUUCCGCAUCGUCGAGGUCUCGGCCGGCUCGAUCGAGGUCGACGGCAUCGACAUCUCGAAGAUUGGGCUCUCGGACCUGCGCAAGAAGAUCGCGAUCAUCCCUCAAGAUGCGCUCUUGUUCAACGGCACUGUCCGCACCAACCUCGAUCCUUUCGGCGAGCACGGCGACGCCGAGCUGUACGACGCCCUCAAGCGUGCGUGGCUCGUCGACCGCGACCAGCCGAUGCCGGUCGCCGGAGCGCCGGCGGCCGCCGCGACACCGACCUCGAGCCGGUUCACGCUGGACCUGGUCAUCGAGGACGAGGGCCAAAACCUGUCCGUUGGAGAGCGUAGCCUCGUGUCUCUCGCGCGCGCGCUCGUAAAGGACUCUCAGAUCAUCGUCCUCGACGAGGCCACCGCGUCCGUCGACUUUGCGACCGACUCACGCAUACAAGCGACGAUCAGGUCCGAGUUCGAAAAAAAGACGCUCCUCGUCAUCGCGCAUCGCCUCCGCACGAUCGUCGACAGCGACCGCGUGCUCGUCAUGGACGCCGGCGCCGUCGCCGAGUUCGACACGCCGCUCAACCUGUUCCGGGCGCACGGCAUCUUCGCGGGCAUGUGCGAGCGCAGCGGCAUCACCGAGGCCGACAUCGUCGGGACGACGUUCUCGUCGGCGCCGUCGGCGAUAGAGCAGGAGGAGUAGAGAGACCGAGGAGGACCGAGACGCAGCAUUCCUUUCUUCUCUGUUCGCUUGUAGGACUCGCAGCUCUGCAUCAUGUAUCUAGUUUCGCUCUC